AGUCUGAACUGGUAUAUGGAGGAGCAUAUCCAACAUUUCCAGCAUAGUCAUCAAAACAGAAUAAUGCGUGGCGUCGCCGCAUCCGCCUGCACGCUCCGCCCUGGGCCACCCGGAGCCGUCCGAUCAAAAUCCAACGGCCCGGAUCGCCUCAGCCACCUCCCCACGCGGCCCCUCUCGGCUCCCCGCCUCCACCUCCGGCGAUCGCCGGAGCCCACCCACCGCCGCCUCCCCCUCAUGGCUUCCUCCCCCUCCGCGGCCGCCACAGGUAGCGGAGGCUCCUUCCCUGAGAUGAACUCGGUCGACGACUUCGCCGCGGUCACCGCCCCUCGCGGCGGCGGCCGCGUAUCCGUCGUCGGCUUCGGCUCCCUCCUCUCCGAGCGGAGCGCGAGGAGCACGUUCCCGGAGCUGGAGGGGUUCCGGGUGGCGGCGCUGCGCGGGUUCCGCCGCGUCUUCGCCCACUCCGCCCCGAUCUUCUUCGAGCGCGGCAUCGCCAUCGAGGCCACCAAGGAGUUCUCAAGCUUAAGUGUGGAGCCAUGUGAGGGUGAACUGAUCGUUGUCACUGUGUUUGAAAUAAAGGAGGAUGAGGUCCCAGCAUUCAUCGAGAGGGAGCAUGAGUUUAGGUUUCUUGCGGUUGUUCCAGAAGGACUGGAUGGGGUGCCUUAUGCAAAUCCAGCAGUUGUCUGUGCACGCUAUAGCGAUGAAGAAUAUUUCCAAGUGAGAUGCAAAGGAAGCAAGGAAAUAUAUUAUCAGCGCUAUGGCCGAUACAACAUUGAUAGAAUAUGGAGAGACGAUAUUUUACCCUGUCGUGCUUAUCUUAGACAUUGUGUCCUCGCUGCGAAAAAUCUUGGAGAACCAGCAUACAGCAACUUCCUAGACCACACCUAUCUGGGUGACCGGACAACCACAAUAAGGGAAUACCUGGCCACUACCGGAGCCGGCAUCAUGGAAGAGGAGCCUCCAGAAUCGCUAAAAAGCCGCUAUGGCGGGUAGCUAGCGAGCUAGCUAGCUCCACGAAGACGACUCCGUCGACUCCCACAGCCACCAUGGAUCGAACUUCCAUCCGCUUCGCUGUCGCUCAAAUCUGACGGUUGGUGGUGUUCCUCACAAUUCUGCUAAAUAAUCCCUGAUGCUUCAGUGCAUAAUACUACCAAAAUUCCAAUUUUUCGGGCCACAUAGUGUUCAGACUUUCAGAGGAAGAUUGUGAUUCAUGACCCUCUUCAUGGGAGAGUUGAAUGAUUGAUGUACCACAACAAUAACAGUGACUAUUUUGUCACCACCACCACCACCACAGAAAUUCUGGAGCCAUAUGAUACAUGCAGAAAAAAAAAAAUGAGGACAAAAUGCAUCUUUUUUUUC